CUGGGGCUCCCGAACGCGCUGCCACUCAGUCCCCAAGCUCGAGGAGGCGUCCCCCGGCUUCAGUCCCGUUCAGCUUAAGCUGGUGUCACAUGAGCGGCGGGGGAGUGGGAACCGGGGGAGUGGGCGGGGGUGUGCGCGCUAGGAGGGGGCCGCCCAGUCCACCUAUAUGCGCCGCAGCCGGCUGACGGAUGCCAGGAAUUCCCAAUGAGAGGCGAUGGGGGGAAGUUUGGGCAACUCGGCCUGGCCAAUGGAGAGCCUCGGGAGGGCUCUGCCCCUUCCCCCCGCCCCCGCCCGCCUCGGCUCCCGCAGCGCGAGUGUGUCCGCCUCGCUCAGUGUGCGUGGAGAUUAGGUCCGAGCGCCGGCCCGGAGGCAGGCAGUCCGUGAGCUCCAGCCGCCGCUGUCGCCGCCAGCAACAGCCUUCGCAAGCAGCGCCGCGGCGGAACCCGGCGCAGGGGACCCAGCCCGGCCCCGCCAGCCCAUCCUAGCCCGGCCCGACUCCCUCCCCACGCCGGGGCAGCAGCCGCCGCCGACACCCGGAGAGAAGGUGGAGGAAGAAAACCAGCCCCUAGCACGCGCGCACCAUCAUGGACCAUUAUGAUUCCCAGCAAACCAACGACUACAUGCAGCCCGAAGAGGACUGGGACCGGGACCUGCUCCUGGACCCAGCCUGGGAGAAGCAGCAGAGAAAGACAUUCACGGCGUGGUGCAACUCCCACCUCCGGAAGGCGGGGACGCAGAUCGAGAACAUUGAGGAGGACUUCCGGGACGGCCUGAAGCUCAUGCUGCUGCUGGAGGUCAUCUCAGGCGAACGCUUGGCCAAGCCAGAGAGGGGCAAGAUGAGGGUGCACAAGAUCUCCAACGUCAACAAGGCCCUGGAUUUCAUAGCCAGCAAAGGGGUCAAACUGGUGUCCAUCGGAGCCGAAGAAAUCGUGGAUGGGAAUGUGAAAAUGACCCUGGGCAUGAUCUGGACCAUCAUCCUUCGCUUUGCCAUCCAGGACAUCUCCGUGGAAGAAACGUCAGCCAAGGAAGGGCUCCUCUUGUGGUGUCAGAGAAAGACAGCUCCUUAUAAAAAUGUCAACAUCCAGAACUUCCAUAUAAGCUGGAAGGACGGCCUCGGCUUCUGUGCCUUGAUCCACCGCCACCGGCCCGAGCUGAUCGACUACGGGAAGCUGCGGAAGGAUGACCCACUCACAAAUCUGAACACAGCCUUCGAUGUGGCAGAGAAGUACCUGGACAUCCCCAAGAUGCUGGAUGCUGAAGACAUCGUCGGAACCGCCCGACCGGAUGAGAAAGCCAUCAUGACUUAUGUGUCUAGCUUCUACCAUGCCUUCUCUGGAGCCCAGAAGGCGGAGACGGCAGCCAAUCGCAUCUGCAAGGUGUUGGCCGUCAACCAGGAAAACGAGCAGCUCAUGGAAGACUACGAGAAGCUGGCCAGUGAUCUGCUGGAGUGGAUCCGCCGCACCAUCCCGUGGCUGGAGAACCGUGUGCCCGAGAACACCAUGCAUGCCAUGCAGCAGAAGCUGGAGGACUUCCGGGACUACCGGCGUCUGCACAAGCCCCCCAAGGUGCAGGAGAAGUGCCAGCUGGAGAUCAACUUCAACACACUGCAGACCAAGCUGCGGCUCAGCAACCGGCCCGCCUUCAUGCCCUCCGAGGGCAGGAUGGUCUCGGACAUCAACAACGCCUGGGGCUGCCUGGAGCAGGUGGAGAAGGGCUACGAGGAGUGGCUGCUGAAUGAGAUCCGGAGGCUGGAGCGGCUCGACCACCUGGCGGAGAAGUUCCGGCAGAAGGCCUCCAUCCACGAGGCCUGGACGGACGGCAAAGAGGUCAUGCUGCGGCAGAAGGAUUAUGAGACAGCCACGCUCUCGGAGAUCAAGGCCCUGCUCAAGAAGCACGAGGCCUUCGAGAGCGACCUGGCCGCCCACCAGGACCGCGUGGAGCAGAUCGCGGCCAUCGCACAGGAGCUCAAUGAGCUGGACUAUUAUGACUCACCCAGUGUCAAUGCCCGUUGCCAAAAGAUCUGUGACCAGUGGGACAAUCUGGGGGCCCUAACUCAGAAGCGGAGGGAAGCUCUAGAGCGGACGGAGAAGCUGCUAGAGACCAUCGACCAGCUGUAUCUGGAGUAUGCCAAGCGGGCCGCGCCCUUCAACAACUGGAUGGAGGGGGCCAUGGAGGACCUGCAGGACACCUUCAUUGUGCACACCAUUGAGGAGAUCCAGGGACUGACCACAGCCCACGAGCAGUUCAAGGCCACCCUCCCUGAUGCCGACAAGGAGCGCCUGGCCAUCCUGGGCAUCCACAACGAGGUGUCCAAGAUCGUACAGACCUACCACGUCAACAUGGCGGGCACCAACCCCUACACAACCAUCACGCCUCAGGAGAUCAAUGGCAAAUGGGACCACGUGCGGCAGCUGGUGCCACGGAGGGACCAGGCUCUGACAGAGGAGCACGCCCGCCAGCAGCACAACGAGAGGCUACGCAAGCAGUUCGGGGCCCAGGCCAACGUCAUUGGGCCCUGGAUCCAGACCAAGAUGGAGGAGAUCGGGAGAAUCUCCAUCGAGAUGCACGGGACCCUGGAGGACCAGCUCAGCCACCUGCGGCAGUACGAGAAGAGCAUUGUCAACUACAAGCCAAAGAUCGACCAGCUGGAGGGUGACCACCAGCUCAUCCAGGAGGCGCUCAUCUUUGACAACAAGCACACCAACUACACCAUGGAGCACAUCCGUGUGGGCUGGGAGCAGCUGCUCACCACCAUCGCCAGGACCAUCAACGAGGUGGAGAACCAGAUCCUGACCCGGGACGCCAAGGGCAUCAGCCAGGAGCAGAUGAGCGAGUUCCGGGCCUCCUUCAACCACUUUGACCGGGAUCACUCCGGCACACUGGGUCCCGAGGAGUUCAAAGCCUGCCUCAUCAGCUUGGGUUAUGAUAUUGGCAACGACCCCCAGAAGAAGACAGGCAUGAUGGACACGGAUGAUUUCCGCGCCUGCCUUAUCUCCAUGGGUUACAACAUGGGAGAGGCAGAAUUUGCCCGAAUCAUGAGCAUUGUGGACCCCAACCGCCUGGGGGUAGUGACAUUCCAGGCCUUCAUCGACUUCAUGUCCCGGGAGACAGCCGACACAGAUACGGCAGACCAGGUCAUGGCUUCCUUCAAGAUCCUGGCGGGGGACAAGAACUACAUCACCGUGGACGAGCUUCGUCGUGAGCUGCCGCCGGACCAGGCCGAGUACUGCAUCGCGCGGAUGGCCCCCUACACCGGCCCCGACGCCGUGCCCGGUGCUCUGGACUACAUGUCCUUCUCCACGGCGCUGUACGGCGAGAGUGACCUCUAGCCCGCCCUGCCCGGCCGCCCUCGCCCUGUAUGCCGCGCCCUGCCUUGCGCCCUCCGCUGUCCCCCGUCUCCUGCCCGGGUUUGGUUUCAGCUCUCAGCCUCCAUGGGGCGAGCUGAGGCCCGCGUGGCAUCGAGCCUCCCUGCCCGCGAAGUGACAGUUUACAAAAUUAUUUUCUGCAAAAAAAGAAAAAAAAAAGUUACGUUAAAAACCAAAAAACUACAUAUUUUAUUAUAGAAAAAGUAUUUUUUUCUCCACCAGACUUAAAUGGAAAAGAGGAAAAAUUAACUAUUUGCACCAAAAUGUCUUGUUUUGUUGUGACAUAGGAAAAUAACCAAGCACAAAGUUAUAUUCCAUCCUUUUUACUGAUUUUUUUUUUCUUCUAUCCGUUUCAUCUGCUGUAUUCAUUUCUCCAAUCUCAUGUCCGCCUUGGUGUGGGAGUCGGGGUAGGGGGUACUCUUGUCAAAAGGCACAUUGGUGCAUGUGUGUUUGCUAGCUCACUUGUCCAUGAAAAUAUUUUAUGAUAUUAAAGAAAAUCUUUUGAAAUGGCUCUUUUUUAAGGAA